AUGAAGAAAACUCCCCUUCAAUUAUUAUUUAUAAUAGCGACUUAUUUCUUGCAAGCCGUGUUUUCUGACACUAUAAAAUAGCAGACAAUCACUGUUAAUUUUUAUUAAAAUUAAAACAAUUAUGUUUUAGAUUCUACUUUGUUAAAUUUGCAAUUUUCAACAGAUUUACCAACAAUUACAACCGACAUUUUGUAGAAUGCAAUUGAUAUAAAGCUAAAAAAUUUAGUAAAUAAUGUAGAUUUUACUUGGUAAGUUAUUACUAAGGUAUCUAAUAGUUUAUUUCAAAUAAAGAUAAAUUAUAAGACUAGUAUCUAUGUAAAAUAGCUCUAUCUCUAUUUCAUCAAUCCUUAUGCAAUUCAUGACUAAAAUUCUAACUAUUUAAGCUUGGACUCUUACACUAUAUCUGUUAGCGUGGGGCCAGUUGUCUUCUUUGAAAGUUACUAAAACUCAGAAAUUGAUGUGAUGAAAUUAAUACUUUUUAUUGUCAUUUGCAUCUUCUGCGGGCUUUAUUUUAUCAUUUAUACCUUUAGAUACCUCAAAGAAGGACUUAAUCUUUUUUGGGCCUUUGUAGAUCUAAUACAGCUAUACAAUUUGUUCCUCUUUUUGGAUACAAACCACUUUGAAAAUGUUAGCAAAUUACUUAAGCAAUGUAAUAUUCUAAAUUUUUGGUACAUAGACUUUAUAAACAAGUACUAAAAUACUUCUUUUAUGCAACAUGCUAUUGAAAAUCCAUCUACUUCAGCAAUAACUAAUUUACCAUACCCAUUUAUCCAAAAUUAGUACACCUCUUAUUUCAUUCUCAACUCAUUCUUUCCACUUUUCAUUGUAGGAACAGGUAUUUUGCUCAUGCUAACAUCAUUAAUAGUUUGUCCUUAAUCCAGAUUUAGGAUUCAAGGAGUUCUCCGUAAUCUUGCCUAAUUCUCCCUGCUUAUUAGAGGAACUUUGAUAUCUUGUUGCUAAAUAUUUAUUAGUGCCUUUCUUUUCUUUAAAAACUUCACAGGUGUUAUAAAUAUUGUUACAUGCAUCGUCACUAUAGUUUUCUAUACUAGUUCUAUUUUAGCCUUUUCUUAUGUAUUGAAUAUUGGAUAGUCUAUUCCUCUAGCAGAAUAACAAACCAAGGAUAAAUAUGGUAGUUUAUAUGAAGGUUUAAUUCUUAAAGCUGUCUUGAAGAGAAAUUUCAACAUCUUUUUUAUGCUAAGAAAAAUAAUUAUGGCUAUUUUUAUAAUUUUUCUGGAUAACAAGCAAAUGCUCCAGAUGAUAUUUGUUUUAGUUGUUUAGAUCAUUUUUAUGGGUUUGAUUUCUUCCAAACUUCCUUAUGAAUACGGCAAAAACAACGUUUGGAUGGUUACAUCAGAAUUUUUUUUAUCUGGCUUUUUGCUCUUAAUGAGUGCAUGGGUUGUAUUUGAUUACCUAGGAAAGAGAGCAACAGAAACUUAAUCAAAAGCAACAACAACAGACAGAAUCACUUAUUUUAGAUGA